GAUGGGAUCUUGCUGGGGGCAGUGGGUGCCUAUGACUGGAACGGAGCUGUCCUGAAGGAAACCAGCAGCGGGAAGGUCAUUCCCCUGCGGGAAUCUUAUCUCCAGGAGUUCCCAGAGGAGCUGAAAAAUCACGGCGCGUAUUUAGGUUACACCGUCUCCUCCGUCAUCUCCACCAAGCACGAGCGGAUCUACGUUGCGGGAGCUCCCAGGUUCAACCACACCGGGAAGGUCAUCCUUUUCAGCAUGCACAACAACCGGAACCUCACUAUCCACCAGGCACUGAAGGGAGAGCAGAUCGGCUCCUACUACGGCAGCGAGAUCAACUCCCUCGAUGUCAAUGGCGAUGGCAUCACUGAUGUUUUGCUGGUGGGAGCCCCAAUGUACUUCAGCGAGGGCAGGGAGAGGGGGAAGGUCUACAUCUACACCCUGUGGGAGAACCGCUUCAUUCCCAGUGGAGCCCUCCUGGAUCUGCAGAGCUACCAGAAUUCCCGCUUUGGGUCCUGCAUCGCCGCUGUGCCCGACCUCAACCAGGACUCCUACAACGACCUUGUUGUCGGUGCUCCUUUGGAGGAUGAGCACCAAGGAGCAAUAUAUAUCUUCCUUGGCUUUGAAGAGACCAUCCUGAAGAAGUACAAGCAGCGGAUAGCAGCUGCGGACCUCGCGCCGGGGCUGAUGUAUUUUGGAUGCAGCAUCCAUGGACAGCUGGACCUGAAUGAGGAUGGGCUCGUGGACUUGGCCGUGGGCUCCCUGGGGAACGCCGUGCUGCUGUGGUCCCGCAGCGUGGUCCAGAUCAACGCCAGCAUCCGCUUCGAGCCCCCCAAAAUCAACAUCUUCACCAAGGACUGCAAGCGGAACGGGAAGGAUGCCACCUGCAUGUCAGCCUUCAUCUGCUUCACUGCUGUCUUUCUCUCAGCUCACUUCCAGACAGCCAGUGUGGCACUGCGGUACAACACCACCAUCGAUGAGCGCAGGUACACGCCGCGGGCUCACCUGGAUGAGAGCGGAGAGCGGCACACGCAGAAGGAGCUGGUGCUGCUCGCGGGGCAGGAGCACUGCGACAGGCUCCACUUCCACGUCCUGGACACAGCCGACUACGUGAAGCCGGUGACGUUCUCCAUUGACUAUGAGCUUGAGCACCUUGAAAAUGGCCCCAUGCUGGAUGAUGGCUGGCCCACCUCGCUCAGAGUCUUGGUCCCUUUCUGGAAUGGGUGCAAUGAGGAUGAGCACUGCGUCCCUGAUCUGGUCCUGGAUGCCAGAAGCGAUGUGCCCAGUGCCAUGGAAUACUGCAGGCGUGCUCUGCGGAGGGCACCGCCGGACUGCUCAGCCUUCACCCUCUCCUUCGACACCUCCAUCUCGGUCAUCGAGAGCAGCAGGAGGAGGGUGGCCGUGGAGGCAGUGCUGGAGAACCGAGGGGAGAACGCCUACAGCACCGUCCUCAACAUCUCCUUCUCCAGGAACCUCCAGUUUGCCAGCUUGAUCCCCAAGGACGACACAGACAUCAACAUCGACUGCAUGACUGAAGACAAGCACCCCAACAAGAAAGUAUGCAAUGUGAGCUACCCCUUCUUCCGAGCCAAGGCCAAGGUCGCUUUUCGCCUGGAUUUUGAAUUCAGCAAGUCCAUUUUCCUUCAAAGCUUGGAGAUCUACUUGGUUGCCAACAG